AUGUCCAACGAGAUUGUUCACCCCACCAUCAAGGAUGGCUGGUUCCGCGAAAUCUCCAACAUGUGGCCCGGCCAGGCCAUGACCCUCAAGGUCGAGAAGGUCCUGCACCACGAGAAGAGCAAGUACCAGGACGUGCUCAUCUUCAAGUCCACCGACUACGGCAACGUCCUCGUCCUCGACAACGUCAUCCAGGCCACCGAGCGCGACGAGUUCUCCUACCAGGAGAUGAUCACCCACCUCGCCAUGAACUCCCACCCCAACCCCAAGAAGGUCCUCGUCAUCGGUGGUGGUGACGGCGGUGUCCUCCGCGAGGUCGUCAAGCACGACUGCGUUGAGGAGGCCAUCCUCUGCGACAUUGACGAGGCCGUCAUCCGUCUCUCCAAGCAGUUCCUCCCCCACAUGUCCGUCGGCUUUGACCACCCCAAGUCCAAGACCCACGUCGGCGACGGCUUCAAGUUCCUUGACGACUACAAGAACACCUUCGACGUCAUCAUCACCGACUCCUCUGACCCCGAGGGCCCUGCCGAGAGCCUCUUCCAGAAGCCCUACUUCCAGCUUCUCCACGACGCCCUCCGCGAGGGAGGUGUCAUCACUACCCAAGCUGAGAACCAAUGGCUCCACCUUCCUCUCAUCACCCAGCUGAAGAAGGACUGCAAGGAGAUCUUCCCCGUCGCCGAGUACGCCUACACCACCAUCCCCACCUACCCCUCCGGCCAGAUCGGCUUCAUGGUCUGCUGCAAGGACGCCAACCGCAACGUCCGCGUUCCUCUGCGCAGCUGGACCCCCGAGGAGGAGGAGCAGAAGUGCCGCUACUACAACGCCGAGAUCCACAAGGCCAGCUUCAUCCUGCCCACCUUCGCCAAGAAGGCUCUGGAGUAA